ACCACACGCACACCACCACACGUACACAGACACACACACCACCACCACCACACGUCCACGGACACACACCGCCACACACACACACCACCACACACACCACCACCACACGUACAUAGACACACACACACCACACACACCACCACACGUACACAGACACACACACCACCACCACACGUACACAGACACACACCACCAUACGUACACAGACACACACACACCACACGUCCACAGACACACACACACCACCACCACCACACACACCACCACCACACGUACACACGUACACACACCACCACACACACCACCACAUACACACCACCACACACACACCACCACCACACACACCACCACACACAGACCACCACACACAUACACACACCACCACACACCACCACCACACGUACACACACGUACACACAACCACCACACACUAUACGAACACGCACACACACACAGACAUUCGAACGCACGUCUUCAUUUUUGCUUUCGUUUCGCCUGCCGGGCGAGCAGAGGAGAGGGCUGCUGAUUGUGGCUGGGAGCGAGCGAGAGGUUCGUGGGGGGUGGUGGUCACGCCGAGGAUUGCUCCAUCGAGUGUGGGGGUGCCGAGGAGCUGAGUGGACAGCCUCCUUCGAUCUUGCCCGUGAGGACGGGAGGACAGGAGAGGGCUUCAUAAUCUUCGUCAUCAUCAUCAGCAGCAGCAGCAUCAGCAGCAGCAUCGUCAUCAUCAUCAGCCCCGUCUGUACGCAAGGCGCACCGAAGCCCUGGAGGUGAUUCUUUGGAUGCUGCUCCGCUGGUCCGGAUAGAUGGAGUCUGUUCACUGACCGGUAGGUGUGCCGGCUGCGCCAUGCGGGGCUCGUCGCGCCACAAGCUGCUCGUGGCGUGUGGCCUUGCGGCCGCCUCGGCGCUGCUCGUGCUCUACCUGGGCCAGCAGGCCCUCGAGUGCCAGGCCCGGGGGGGGCCCGGCGAGGCCAGGGGGCCUGAGGACCCCCGCUGGCUCGGCUGGGACGAGCUAGCGGGCAAGGAGAACACGAGGAGCAGUGAUGCAAUGGGGGUGCACAGGCGGCAGGGCCUCGUGGUGUUUGACCCGGUGAGGAGGGAGUUCCGCUACAACGAGUCCAUCCCCAUCAUCUUCAUCGGGGGCUUCCCACGCAGUGGCACCACGCUCAUGCGGGUCAUGCUGGACGCACACUCACAGGUGCGCUGCGGGGAGGAGACGCGGGUGGUGCCGCGCGUGCUGGGCAUGCACCAGAUGUGGAUGAAGUCGGAGAAGGAGCGCGUGCGCCUGGCCGAGGCCGGCGUGACGGACGCCGUGCUGGACGACGCGGUGCGCGCCUUCGUGCUCGAGAUCGUGGCCAAGCACGGCGAGCCGGCGCAGCGGCUCUGCAACAAGGACCCGUUCGCGCUCAAGUCGCUGUCGUACCUGGCGACACUCUUCCCCGAGAGCCGCUUCCUGCUGAUGCUGCGCGACGGGCGCGCCUCGGUGCACUCGAUGAUCUCGCGCCACGUCACCGUGUCGGGCUUUGACCUCUCCAGCUACCGCGACUGCCUCUCCAAGUGGAGCCGCGCCGUCGAGGGCAUGCAUGCGCAGUGCCUGGCCGUGGGGCCGCGCCGCUGCAUGGCCGUGCGCUACGAGACGCUGGCGCUGCGGCCCGAGGCGACUAUGCGAGAGGCGCUGGCCUUCCUCGGCCUGCCCUGGGAGGCGGCCGUGCUGCACCACGAGGACAUGAUCGGCAAGGCGGGCGGCGUGUCGCUCUCCAAGGUCGAGCGCUCCACCGACCAAGUGGUGAAGCCGGUGAACCUGGAGGCGCUGGCGCGGUGGGUGGGACAAAUCCCGCAUGACGUCGUGCGCGACAUGGCUGAGGUCGCCCCCAUGCUCGACCGCCUCGGCUACGAUCCCCGGGCCAACCCGCCCCGCUACGGCACGCCGGAGAGCAGGGUGGUGGACAACACGCGCAAGAUCAAACAGAGAAAUGCAACGGCCGUGCCCUGAAGAAGGACACGGACCACGUGGUCUUGUCCCAGUGCCCAAGGAGGGACUGAGAAUGGAAGUAGCUGCUGCCCGACCAAUCUCUACGGACGCUCGCUGCCGCUGCUGCUGCUGCCCGCUGCCAACAUGAUCACUCACCCGCCGUGGAUAAAUGUGUUGACAGCAACCCACGUAUAACACCAGAGACGGUACCAAACCAACUCGCAUUCGUUAUUAAUAAUGCAAAGGUCUGCUGAGAGAGAGAGAGAGACAGCGAGUGAGAGCGUAUAUCCAGAACACCGUGAAAUUGUACGGGAUUUGUCUUUUUUGUUUUGUUUUUUUUCUAUUAUGCACGUGGCAAGUCGCCCGCGCGUCAUUUCUGACUGUUGGAGCAGUGUCGCCUUGAAGCCUCCAUUCCUCCUUCCCACCCCAGGGGCCGGACUCACUGUCCGUGCCCACCGGGCGCUGCUGACCCGUGGGACCAAUGUGCGACAGGGGCCCCCCACCUCGCGAUGAUAGAAUCGUCUUUAAAUAGAUGUGAACCUUUUCGGCCAAAGCGACGACGUCACAUGCCACGUGUCAGUGCGCGUGAGACGUCAUCUCACGACGGCACGUCAUACGCAGUGUGGCGUCCUCUCGUUGCCCAGGGUCUCGGUCUCUCAUUGACCCUCAACCCCACGACCACCCCGAAUCCCACCCCCGCACCUCCGAUUAGCACGGUUGGCUACGUACGGUGCGAAAGAAAGUCAACAUACAUACACACACAUACACCCUGAAUCCCACCCCCACGACCUCCCCGACUCUCACCCCGACCCCCAGCCCCGACCAGCUCCUAAUUCCACCUGUGUGGUGUUGGACACAGGGUCAGCGACGUCCGCUGUGAUUUGUGCAAAUAUACGUAGCGAGACGUGCUUGGAGGAGAGUUGGAUGUGGUUGUGAAUCGCUGCUUUCUGUCGGCCAAUACCCUAAUGGCACUCGGAGGGAGUCGCCUUUAUUUGACCUGAAAAGAGCGCACCUGUCCUGGUGAGUUCAACCGAACAAGUAGAUUGCCUUGCCCCGACCAAAAUUCCUGCCUUCAUUUACAUUUAAACCCUUUUUAUACCUCUGACUGUAAGCCCAGCUUUAGCCCCAAGCGUAGCGUUAUACUGUAGCUCUAACCGUAUCCCUUGGGUAUAGAUGCCAAAUCCCAACUGUUGACAGUCACCGAUGUGGGCGGUGACAGUGGUGACAUAGCCGAGCGGUAUUGCAUUUCGCCACUUGUUGCGGGGACUCGCGGUUCGAAUUCCAGCGGCCGCCCUGGUUAUUACUGCGUGUGUAACGACCCCACCAAUACUACGCGCCGUCGGCUUCGCUCGGUGGACGCUCAAGAUCCCCCUGAUGUCAUUCGCAAGAGUCGACCAUUGUUGUGCCGCCGGUGUCAGGGUCCAAAUUAGCAAAAUUGGAAAAAAAACAAUUCGUAAAUUACUCAACCAUCGCCGCCUACUGACAGACUAAUGCCCCAGGUCACUCUUGAAAAUGAGACUCAUCGUGGUCUCUUGAGUUUCUCACCCGGUUAAACCAAAACGAUUGUGGUCGAGCAUUCUCAAUACCAUUUAAAAAUGAAAUGUGCCAAAAACGGACGAACAUGAUGAAAUCAGCUCGUGCCCAGGCACAAUACUCGACUGACAGUUACAUCGCAGGAGAGUGAGAGACCGCAGCAGCUGAUGGAGGCCUUCAUCCAGCGUUGGUUCGAUGAACAUAAUUGUAAGACCCUGUCGGCAAAGAUUUCGGAAUGGGAGUCAAUGCCCUUCACCAAAUGAACACGCAACUAAAAUGAAACACGGCCCACGCACUUAUUGCUCCGAGUUCUUGGGCUCUACGACACAAGUUUAGCGCUUGGUGAUAUUUUUUUAUUUUUUAUGACUAAAAUCACGGCGAGACACCGGUGAUGCUCCAUUGGCAGCUAAAGAUGCCCACGCAGAGGAGCUGCGAAUCUUAAGUGAAGAGCUUUGUUUUCUUGUGGUCAGUUCAUCAAAAUGUGUAAAUGAUGAGAAAAAUCGCAUCAUAACAGGACAUCAGUGCAGGGCCGGGAAACCACGAUGCACUUCUUAAGGAACUGCUGAUGGUUUUAGCAUAAUGCACACAGUUGCUUUUAAACAUGUUUUUGCACGUUUUUUUCUCUUGCGGGUCGUUGAAUCACCGUAAGAUCACGUGGGUGACAGAUGAUGAGAAAAUCCCAUCGUGACAAAAAAAAUUAUUCAGGCUAGAAAACGACGAUGCACUUCUUCAGGAACUGCUAACGACUUUAGCAUAAUUCACGAUGGUGCUUUUUACAUGUUUUGUUUGCGGGUCGGUAAACCGCCGUAAGGUCGUGUGGGUGAAAGAGCUCACCCUGCAAGGUGGCAUUCACAAGGCAGUACAGCAAGUAGUAUUUAAUUUUUUUUCGUGGACGAAGUUUGAGUGGUUGUUUUCUUCCCAAUAUGCCGUGGAUUUCUCCAGGAACUUGGGUUUCCACGCGUAUGCACAAACACUUAAAAACAUUACCUGACCAAAAAUCGCAAAACUUGCGACCCUCCUGAAAAAAUCUCCAAAUUCACCGACCUAUUUUAUUCUUAUUUUUGUUGUUAUCUACCACACACCACCUAUAGUGUGAGGUGGACAUUAAAUAAGCCUUAAUAUAAAAGUGUCGUUAACUCACCACCACCACCCGACAGCCAAAUAGUACGGUUUGUCAAGCAAACAAAACGUGGCAAUCAUUUGCUGCUUCAGCACACCGAUGUGUUAAAAGGUAAACCGACAACAUUUACAUUUUGAGUACUGUGACGUAUUACAUCCCGCUUCCUCACACACACACAAAACCUUUAUCUAGAAUAAUAUUGGUCGCGAAAGCCUGGUACGCUGUAAUCCGCAACCCCAAAAUGUCAAAUAUGUCAAUUACGGCGGUUUCCGCGACACACACACACGAACCUCUUUCAGAUGCCUCUUACCUGGUCAAAUAAGUUAAUGUGAUAAUUUGAGCGCUUAUUCGUACACGUGUUUACAAAGAGUGAUGGGAUUUCAUUGAAUGAAAUCCAAUUUUACUUGGGUCACCCACUCACUCACGCACUCACCUCACUCACCCAUCCAACCAGUCACUCACCCAUCCACCCACUCACUCACCCAUCCAACCAGUCACUUACCCACCCACUCACUCACCCAUCCACCCACUCUCACCCACUCACUCCACUCAUCCACCCAUGAGUAUUUAUUGACAAUGAAACUGCAAAACAUCGCUCAGUCACUCACCCACUCACUUGUAAUGACAUGAUGACACCUGCUGGCUGGGAAAGGGAAGCACGGGUACGGGCACGGUUAAGGGAACAUCCAAUCAGAGAGGGAGCGGUAUCUGGGGCAAAGGGAACAGGAGCGGUUGGCCAAGAUUCUCCGGGAUCCUUCUCGAAGGUUCCACGAGAGGGCGUGGCCGGAGGCGGGGCCUAGCCACGCCUGGGGGAUAUAAGGGGGAGCGGACACGGGGCUCGUGUGUGGAUUCUUGGGUCCUGGCUGCGUCGCUGCUCGCCGACAUCUCUCUCCGUCGUCCGGCCACGUGGAAGAUCUCCUGCGGGGUUUCCAUCGCCAUCCUCGUCACGCUGCCAGCCAGCGGCUUAGCCGAGCGAGGGCGGUGGGACCACGCCGAGUGAUCGGCUGUGUGUGUAGCCAGUAGAGACGUUAAUAUCUAAGUAAGACUGAUAAGGUUGGCCUGUGUUGUGCCCAGUGUGAGAAAUAAAAGUACCCUCUACACGACGUGUUGCGGAAGUCGCUCAUUACACACUCACCAACUCACCCACCCUCAGGUUAAGAACCAGGCUACAGUCUACAUUAUAGACUGCCAGUACACUAACUCCGAUUAAGAACCUGGCCACAGUCUACAUUCGUGUUUAUUAUUUUUAUUCACUUGAUUUUUUAUAUGAUUUUUAUAUCUACGUCACUUUACCGAAAGAACCAAAGAAUUAGGGAGCAGGGAGCUGUGGCACUGCGUUGAUUGUGAGCUGCGGAAGGCGCUUUGAUCUUUGAAAGUUGGUUAAAAUGUCGUAUAUAUUUUUUUAAGGAUUGUCGUUUAGAAGAAAAAACUUAAUGCACUCUGACCAUAGGAUGGGACUGGUUGGUUGGUUGGUAUCGGCUGCCUCUUAGGUACACACCAAGCCCGCUGUGUCCCGGGCUGUCCCAGCAUCGUUGCUGGAAACAUUACAAGCAUUUCAAGUCACACAGUCUUGGGGAGGCGCUCGAGUGUU